AGACGCAGAAUAUUUUGGUAGACGCGACAACAAUAACGAAUUGCUACUGCCGGAAACUUAACCGAUUGGUCUACGCGGAUAAGCAGACGUAUUAAACUUUUAAAAGUAGGACAGUAUCACACACGAUCCAACAGUUAGAGCGUAACGCUUACCGUAUACACAACAUAAUCAACCUAGCCGUGCGUUAAUAUGGUUGCAAGUGAAGUUGUCAAAACUAAUCAGGAUAUGGGGGUGACUAAUAUCUACGAAGACAAGAGCAUAUUUCCGGAGUUUCGCAGUGGACCUUUGGACUCGUACCGCAAGAAGGCCAAGUUUUGUUACAAACGUUUGAUUGUAUUGCUGGAGGGUGAAGAUCACUUACGCCUAAAGCAUAAAGUAUGGCAAUGGAUGGAGCAACAUCCCGAAUUUCAACAUGAGCCCGAGUCCUUGAGUUUGGAGCGUACGCGAGAGUUAGCCAACAAGCGUCACCACUUGCUCUGGGAGCAAAAGUUCUUUGACAUUGUUGAGUUUAUGAAUACGCCAUAUCUGACGUUGGCUUUUGGUCAAGCCAUCUUCAGCUAUGACUUUGGCUUUGCCGUAAAAUACACACUGUCCAAUGGCAUGUUUCCCAACACUCUGAUGAUGAAUGGCACUGGACGUCUGAACGAAUUUGUAUCCAAAGUCUCAGACGAUCGUAUAAUAGGCGCCUUUGCGCUUACAGAAAUUUCGCAUGGCACCAAUGCUAAUGGCAUGCGUACACGCGCCACAUACGAUGCCAAGACGCAGGAGUUUAUUAUACACACACCAGACUUUGAGGCAGCCAAGUGCUGGGUGGGCAAUCUGGGAAAGACCUGCACGCAUGCCAUUGUCUAUGCGCAGCUGUAUGUGCCCAAUGAUAAACAUCAAGGUCUGAACGCCUUUUUGGUGCCCAUACGCGAUGAACGCACGCUACUGCCGUUCCCAGGCGUCACAGUUGGCGAUCUGGGCGAGAAGAUCGGCCUCAAUGGCAUCGACAAUGGCUUUGCUAUGUUCAAUCAGUACCGCAUACCAAAGGCAAAUUUGCUGUCCAGAACUGGAGACAUUGAUGAGCAGGGCAACUAUGUGAGCCGCAUUAAGGAUGCACGCAAGCGUAUGGGCGCUUCACUGGGCGCAUUGUCCACAGGUCGUGUCAAUAUUGCAUCUCUUGCCUAUAAUGCGCUUUGCAAGGCCGUCUCCAUAGCCACACGCUAUUCGGUUAGUCGUCGGCAGUUUGGGCCCAGCGAUAGCAAUGAGGAGUGGCCUGUGAUUGAGUAUCCAUCGCAGCAGUACAGACUGCUGCCGCAUUUGGCAAAUACAAUCGCUUUGCGCGUGGUAACUUUGUGGAUAAGCAAGGCCAACAUGGACAUGAUGAUGCAGAGCUUGACGGGCGAAGAUGUAUCGCAGACAGGCAUGGAAAUUCAUGCGAUUUCCUCAGCUCUUAAGCCAUAUGCCACCUGGGCAGCUCGUGAUGGCAUACAAGAGAGCCGUGAAGCUUGCGGCGGUCAUGGCUAUCUGAAGGCAGCAACUCUGGGUGAUCUGAGAAAUGACAACGAUGCCAAUUGCACCUACGAAGGCGAGAACAAUACGCUCAUACAACAGGCUUCCAACUGGCUCAUUAGCUUGCGUCGCAGCAAGGCAAACUUUGUGGACGUGUCGCCACUGCAAACGACUGCAUUCCUGCGUGACAUGGACGCACUGCUGCAGGCACGCGCACAUGAGCGCACAGCCGAUCAGGCCAUGGACGUUCAUAACUUGCUUAGAGCACUUGACUGGCUAACGGCUUGGCAACUGGAGGCGAGUGUGCAACGCUUUGAUCAGCUGCAGCGCGAUGGCAAAGAUGCCUUCGAAACGCGCAACAAUAUACAAGUCUUUGCUGCACAAAAACUUUCAAUUAUAUAUGCCGAGCGCACUACUUACUACAUCUUCUAUAAAUUUGUCACCGAACUGCCCGCCUCCAAUGAGAAACGUUUGCUGUUGCAAGUGCUGUCAUUCUAUGGCGCCAAUUUGGUUACCAAGCACUCAUCCAUAUUUUAUCAAGGCGGCUUCUUUAGCAAUAACUCGCAUCUGGAGCUAUAUCAGCAGGGAAUUCUGCAGCUGCUGCCCGUGCUUAAGGAUCAAGCGAUUGCAUUGGUGGAUGCCAUUGCACCCACAGACUUUAUACUCAACUCACCACUGGGCAUGAGUGAUGGCAAUGUCUAUCAACACUUGCAGCGCACCAUUAUUUCCGCCCCGGGUGUAUAUGAGCGUCCUCAGUGGUGGCGUGAUGUCACCUACAAAAGCUAUCUGGAACGCGCCAAGCUGUAAGCACUAUAUUGGCCUGUACUUUAAUACGCUUUAUACGUGAUUUAUUUGCUGAUCAAAUCAGAUAUUCAUAUAUUCUAUAUAGUUAGUAACA